AUGACUGCAGCUGACGUGCGACGGCAUGUAAUGACUGGAAGUCUUUUGUUGCAUCCACAAGCUGCAUUUUCAACUGAUAACACUGACGGUGCAUCACAUAUGGUGAAUCUGAUUGAUGUGGUUGAACCGCUAGAUGUUGAAGAUAUUCUCUCACAACGUAAAAGUAGUGUGUCAAUCUAUGAGCAUUCAAGCGCAAAUGCCAGUCCCAGAAGGGUGGCUGAGUUUCCGGUUGAUGAUGUUGAAGUGCGUUUAGUACAUCGAGACCAGCUCACCGUUGAAUCACCAGUACCUGCUAAUCUUAAUGGAGUUGAUCCGGUGGUGCGUGAUUUGAUACGUACCUACAACGAUGACUUGUCGCUAGUUCAACGUCGUUAUCAACACUUCUCAACCGGUGAAGCGUACAUUCGUGUUUUAAUGGAACGACCAAUAAUGUUACAGUCAACACAGAAGCAAAUCUAUGAUGAUUUCGAAAAUGAUAAAGCACGUAAUGCUACUAGUCUGUCGAUGGAUGACCAUAUCGCUACAACGAAACGAGAUUCCUACGGGUCGCAUUAUUCAUCCGAUUCAAUGUGUACCGUUGGAUCGUCAUCAGCGGGUGUCACAAAUGCGUUGAAUCAGCGAGAGGACACAGCUGCUGCUGCUGCUGGUGCAGGAAUAACGGCAGUAACAACCGCACCGCAUCAGCUACAUUCGUCCAUUAGUGACCCAACCGUUCCUGGUGUUAUUCAACGUAUUUCAAAUACACAACUGGAUCAAAUCAACGAAACAAGACGACAAACGAAUAGGCAGAAUGCGAUCAUCAAUCUUUUACCUGUACAGUCUGAGAGCGAGGUGAUUGAAAGACGUAGUCCACCGCCAUUUCCGGUCGAAUAUACAGGCCAAAAGUUACUCAUCAAGGUUCUACAGUUGGAAUUAGAGCCGAAUUUUGAACCGAUAUUCGGUAGUAUUGCCUUGUAUGAUGUGAAAGAGAAACGAAAGGUAUCUGAGAAUUUUUAUUUCGAUGUGAAUGAUGAAAUAUUACGUGCAAUGAUCUCAAAACGUGCCGGGCACGAGGACAGCGCCAGCAAGUGUACACAAGCCGCAUUUAGUAUAAGUCAAUCAGUGAAUAAUAUUUUCAUUGUUGUCAAGCUGGAAAAGGUUCUACAAGCUUGUGAAGUAGCGGAUGCAAGCGAUCCUUAUUUGAAAGAGGAUCGAAACAAGGAACGUUUAUUACAAGGUGCUAAACUUUAUUGCGAACGUCUCGGCGCUUAUCGUAUGCCAUUAGGAUGGAUUGCGAUUGAUCUGAGUAAAAUCCUUUGCGAUCGAGCCUCAUUUUCCACGAACGGCACAUUUCGACGUAUUGGCAGUGGUACGUCAUCAACAACUAUGCUAGCUGCUGUACAGAAAUGUAGAACACCGACUCAAAACCGUAAAGUAUUCGCCACACAAAUUUCUGAUGCAACAGCAACACCAGCAACCGAUUCGAAUGAACAUUCGUCAAGUAAAGAUGCAACCACCAAUCAACUACCGUUCACCCUUUCAUCUCUUCAACCUUUACUUCUUGAUCUCAACUCAUUCUUCAGACAGGAAACUGAUCGUUUGAGCGAUGAAGAUUUGUGUAAGAUGUUAGUGGAAAGUCGGAAAGGUGCGUCAAAGUUGGCCCGUUUAAAAGCGUUUCCGGCCAAAUUUAAGUUGGAAAUAUCAGGAAAUGGCAUUGACGAGUGUCCUAUGAGGUUGACCCCCGAACUUCUCCAUGUACAUCCAUAUAUGCCUGGCGAUUCAUCCUAUAUCGUCAAGGAAAUCGCCGAGUUCCCAUCGAAAGGCAUUUAUGCUGUGAAUGCUUGUUAUAGGAACCUAUUGUAUGUUUAUCCGCGUUUUGUGAAUCUUUCGAAUCGAUCUGGUGCUUGUCGUAAUAUAUCGGUGCGUGUUGAACUGAUGGAUGCGCACGAACGAGCAGUGCAGCAAAUAUUCGACAAGUCCACUUGCUCUGAUAUGACCUCAUUCGCGAACACCUGUGUUUCAUACCAUAACAAAACACCAUCGUUUUAUGACGAGAUCAAAAUCGCGAUACCAGUUGACUUGAAUGAUGGACAUCAUUUGUUGUUUACCUUUUAUCAUAUCGCUUGCAAGCAGAAUAAACUAUCGGAUGAGAUCGAAACACCUAUCGGUUAUUCGUGGGUACCACUUUAUAAAGAUGGCAGAUUGCAAACGGGUGAAUUUAAUUUACCGAUUGCACUGGAACGACUGCCGACCAGUUACGGUUAUCUUUCACCUGACGUUAAUUUGCCCAAUGUGAAGUGGCUGGAUGCUCAUAAACCGUUAUUCAGUGUUUCUAUUCAAGCCAUUACAACCGUCCAUACUCAAGAUCAACAUUUGGAUGCGUUUCUAUUCGCAUAUCAAUCGUUAAGCUCAACCGAUAAGAAGAGCCCUCCAGUCGGUGAAACGGAGUUGAAGAAUGCAAUCCGUAGUGUUAUAAAGGCACGUCCCGAACCAAUGGUGGCCUUUCUUUACGUUAUCCUUGACAAAUUGUUGGCACUCAUCGCAAAUCCACCUUAUUCUGUGUCCGUAUCAGGUGUCUGUUUCGAAGUAUUGGGGCAACUAGUGAAAAUUUGUACGAUGUUAUUGGACAGCUUCUGUGAUGCACACGGACGUAGCUCACUGCUUACUACCUACAUACACUACCAUAAAAUUGCAUUGAAAGAGUUGAGCGUUUUACCACAGUAUGUGCCACCUGCACCAAGUCGUCAUGAAAGCGCGCAGUUUCGAACGGCUGCUGCGUCGAGUUCUCCAGAAAGUCAACAUCUAUUCGAUAUCAUCAAAGAUUUUGAACGUUCGAAUUGUUUGAAAGCAAGUGGUGAAAAUGGUGAGAAGGGAACUGUUAAAAAGAUAAUGCACGAAGAGUUGGCACUUCAAUGGGUGAUGAGUGGGGGAGCAGCCCGUGAAAUGGCGUUCCUGAACGCGUGGUUCUUCCUUGAAUUAAUGGUGAAAUCAAUGGCCGAAUAUUUGUCGUUAUCAAAUCGUCUGUAUUUGUCAAGAAAACUACGUUUUAGUGAUGCAUUCAUUCAAGACUUGAGUGCGUUGUCACAAGCAAUGAUUCGUGAAGUCGGAGAGCGUACUUCUAAGGAUCCCAGACAGUCACAGUCUAUCAAUGCAUCAUGGGCAUUUUUCCUUCGAGACUCGUUUUCGCUAAUGGAUCGGUCGUUUGUGAUGAAUCUUGUGAAACAAUAUAACCGUGAAUUAACAACAAAAAUAAGUGUCUCAGCUGAGCCAUGCACAACAACGUUGAUGUCGCUGAAACUCGAUUUCGUGCGUAUUAUCUCAUCGCAUGAGCAUUUUGUUAUACUGAAUCUACCGCUGGGACUGACAGCGCCAUAUGGUAUGGUGAGCAGUCAUUCGGGUGGAUCAUUUCAUUCAAGUGGUUCGUCUGAUGCGAAUAGCGUUAGUGGAGUAUCAUCAACUCAAAUUAUCUCAGCACAUGGUUCCGCACCACAGCUGCAACCGCCCAGCCCCAGUAACUCAAGCCUCAGUAGCAGAGCAUCAAGUCAAGCAGCCGAAUCACACGGCUCAGUAGGAUCAGCUGAAUUGACGACCGAUUUUCGCUCUCGUCAUUUCAUUAUUGGUCUAGCACUCGCAGAUUUGGCAGCCGUACUUGAAACACCAAAUAGUUUACUCCAUUCAAGAGCUGUUGGUUUGAUCAGAAAUUUGUUAUCGUCACACGAAGCCGAUUCACGUUUACUAGACUCGACGGUGAAAUCACGAGUUGCAUCAUUAUAUUUGCCAUUGGUCGGUAUAAUAUUAGAUGAAAGUGUUCAGCUCUAUGAUCCAUAUACAAAAGGAGGCACUACUCCGUCGAGGAAUAGUAGUACCAUUGGUUAUAAUAAUGCGAAUGUGUCGAAUAGUCGAUCGUUUAUGGUGGAAAUGGACGGCAGUGGUGUGAAUAGUACGAUCAGUGAUAAAGUGAUGCUGGCAAUCGGUGGCUUGAGCAGUUCACCGCCGUGCUCUCCACCCACUGAACAUACACGCAUUCCACUUUUCAGACCGAAACUUUCCUCGGAAAUCACUCGUCAGUUGUUGGCAUGUUUCUGUUGGGCCAUCAAAAAUAUGGAUCGUUCAACGCUGCGUCAUUGGAUUCGUGAACUAUCGCCAAGCCGUUUGCUGCAGUUUUUGGACGUCUUACAACUGGCUGUUUCAUGCUUUGAAUUCAAAUGGCCAACGCUAUCACAGACAAGCACUGAUGCGGCUGGCGAUGAGAUGCGUCAUAAAUUGGAAGAGGCGAUAAUCGGUAACAAUUCAUCAGCAAAAGAAUUACUGCGAAAGAAGUCUCGUUGUUAUGGUACGGAUUAUGAUGGCGUUCGUUGGCGUAAAGAAACACUCGGCAAAAAUUCGUGGAAAACGAAUACAUAUAGUAGUGGAUGUCAUUCAAGUGAUGAACAGCCACCAAUGAACGAGCAGGAGAUCGCUCUCGAUGCCGCACUCUGCACUGAAGUUGCUUUAACAGUGCUAGAUACUCUGGAGCUGUUGGUUCGCGUGUUAGCCGUUCCUGGUUCAGAUCAUCUCUUCUUCGUCUUACCGUCUGUUUUGAGAGUACUCAUGCAUAUGCUUGCAUGUAGUCAAUCGGUACAAAGUCUUGAGAAUAUUUUUGCAAGUCAGCGAGCUUUGGUAAUCAAAUAUCCGGAUUUAUUGUUCGAACAGGAGAUUGAGCAAUGCGGUGAACUCUGUUUACAUCUGCUUCGGCAUUGUGCGUCUCGUUUACCUGCAGUUCGUUCACAGGCAGCUGCUUCGUUGUAUCUAUUAAUGCGACAAAGCUUCGAGUCAGGUGCAAAUUUUUCGAAAGUAAAAAUGCAAAUAACGAUGUCACUUAGUACGUUGGUGUCAACUGGAACAAGGCAGGGUGAUUGGAUAAAUGAAGACUGUCUGAGAAGAAGUUUGAAAACGGUUCUGACCUAUUCAGAAACAGAUGCCAAUACUGAUUCGCAACUUCGUUCAACAACUUUUUCCGAGCAAGUGAAAGAUUUGGUAUUCAAUUUGCAUAUGAUACUCUCGGAUACGGUCAAAAUGAAAGAAUAUACGAACGAUUUUGAGAUGUUGAUCGAUUUGAUGUAUCGAGUUGCAAAAGGUUAUCAAAAUAACCCUGAUCUCAGGUUGACGUGGUUGAUAAACAUGGCGAAUAAGCAUGCGGCACGAGAGAAUGCGGCUGAAGCUGCCGAGUGUAUGCUUCAUGCAUCCGCAUUAGCUGCUGAAUAUAUUUCGAUGAAACAUCACGAAACGUAUCUGCCAAAGGGUGCAAUUGCAUUCACACAAAUCUCUGACAACAUUCUCGAGGAGAGUGCUGUGUCCGAUGAUGUUAUCAGUGCCGAUGAGGAGGGCAUUUGCGAAAGUCGCCAUUUCACGGAAAAUGGUUUGGUGCAUUUGGUCGAAAAGACGGCACAAUUCAUGGAGAAGGCGCAAAUGUACGAAAUGAUGCCACUCGUUUAUAGGGUAAUAACACCGAUUCUGGAACAGAAUCGUAAUUAUCGACAUUUAUCACGGAUUCAUAGUCGAUUGAGUGAUGCGUUAUCGCGUAUUGAACCUACGAUAUCCUUAAUUGAAGAUAUCUCAGAUGCGUGGUAUUCACCCCUACCAAGUGCGGAUAAACGAUGUUUCGGGACGUAUUUCCGUGUUGGUUUCUAUGGUAGUCGUUUCGGUGAUUUGGAUGGUGCUGAAUUCAUUUACAAAGAACCUGCGAUAACGAAAUUAUCUGAAGUUAGUCAUCGUCUAGAAGCAUUCUAUACUGAUCGUUUUGGUAAAGGCGUUGUUGAAGUCAUCAAGGAUUCAAAUAUUGUUGAACGAAGUGGAUUAGAUUCAUCGAAAGCGUUUCUGCAAAUUACCUACGUUGAACCGUAUUUGGAACGAUGGGAACGUCGUCGACGUGCUACACAUUUCGAGCGUAAUCAUAAGUUGAAUCGUUUUGUCUAUGCAACACCAUUCACCAAGGAUGGACGGCCACAUGGAGAUCUUCAUGAUCAAUACAAACGACGUACUGUGCUCACCACACAAUAUAGUUUUCCAUACGUAAAAACUCGUUUACGAGUAAUCAAUCGUGAGCAGACGGUGCUGACACCGAUUGAGGUGGCCAUUGAAGAUGUACAAAAGAAGACUCGUGAAUUGGCUGCAGCAACUGCGCAAGAGCCACCAGAUGCAAAAAUGCUUCAAAUGGUUUUACAAGGGUGUAUUGGUACUACCGUCAAUCAAGGACCAGUCCAGGUUGCAAACGUAUUCCUAACGAGCAUAAUGUUGGACGAUCGCGGAAAGCCGAUCGAUAAACUUCAAAAUAAGUUGCGAUUGUCUUUCAAAGAUUUCUCGAAGAAAUGUGCCGAUGCGCUACAUAAGAACAAGCAACUGAUACAGCCCGAUCAACACGCUUAUCAAAACGAGCUUCAAAAAAAUUAUAUCGAAUUCACGAAACGAAUGGCACCAAUCGUUGGCGCGUGCCCGGUUCGUAAGGUGCUUAAAGCAACUGAAACUGCUCAUACAUUAAAAGCUGCACAUGCUGCUGCUCUUGCUGCUGAAUUGGGCCCGGUCACUGCCGUAUAA